UUCCCACCUACUGUACUCAGCACUGUCCGCACUUGGAAAUCGCUCUGCUCACCCAGCCUAAGUAGGCUACAUGACAAACGGCAUGACGGACUCCGAUGCCGACAUAGCAGCUAUAUUCUCUUAAAACCAAAAAGCCCUGUGAAUUUAACUAUGACUUAUGAAACAAGUUAGUGUACUCAUUGAAGCUAUAAAAUGCCUACUUUCCUGGAAUGGCACUUUAAAAUAAACACUUUACAAAAACGGUGUGGGUUUAAAUGCAGUCUCUCUGGUCGUUCUCCUCGGGAACCGGUGAUGUUUGACUUGCAGUUCCUCUGUCUUCUCUUGUGCGCGGCUGUUACGUGCAGUAUAGCCUCACCUAACGAGACCUCGGAGUAUUUGAUCAAGGAUGGAAAGCCUGGAAAUAAAGCAAACUUGAUAAACCAUAGUAUGACACUCGAGGAAGAAACGGACAAUCAAGAAAACAUCUUAUCGAAGCUGCUGGGUGACUAUGACAAAGUGAAAGCGCUUUCGGAAGGCUCUGACUGUAGCUGUAAAUGUGUUGUCAGACCCCUGAGCCGCAGCGCCUGCCGGCACACCGAGGAAGGUAGCGGCCAGCCUCAGGAUUUUUAUACAGUGGAGACCGUGACAAUAGGAAAGGACUGCAAGUGCGCCUGUAUUGCGCCUCCGUCGGCGCUGAAUCCCUGCGAGGGGGAUUUUAGGCUGAAGAAGCUCCGAGAUGCGGGGGAAAAUGGCAUCAAGUUUUCAACAGUUCUGGAGUUACUUGAGGGUGCAUUUUAUGGAAUGGAUCUGUUGAAACUACAUUCUGUCACAGCAAAGCUCCUUAAACGUGUGGAAAAUGUAGAAAAGGUAGUUUCUCAAAACCACAUGAAAGGCACAGAAACCCCGAUGACCAGCAUUUAUGAGCAGGCGCAUGUUAAAGACGACUCGUCGCAUCAGCAGGUGGAGAAGAGAAUGCCUGUUGGCAAUCUGGGAGACACAGCGGCGGCCUAUGCACAUCCUGGGAAAAAGUAUGAAGAAAAGUUUGUUGGGAACCAAGGGCUCAGUAUACACCAGCUGAAGAAAAGUCAGCCAGAAUCACCGAAGGAGCACACAAAGGACAGGAAGGAACCCCAGACAUCCUAUCUGAAAAAAGCAGCUUCGAGUGGGACAGCCAUUAGAGGAAUAACCUUCUAUAAAUCCAAUGUUGUGGAGGAGGGUGACACCAAGGAGAAUUUAGUGGACUCUGAAGUUGAGAGUGGCGACGGCUCCGUCGACCUGUUUAUUGAAGAUCUUCUCCUCGAGCACAAGCCGCCGACCUCGCAUGCCCGCUCCUGGGUAAGACCAGUAACCAACAUAGCUGCAACCACAACCACAACUACUUCCACGGAUGUUGGAAAGACUUGGGGGUCUCAUUCUUCUGUGAGCCCAACCGUGAUCCCUGCAGUCCCAGAGGAGACCACGUUUGCCACGUCACCACCUGUGCUUGCUACAAAUGCUACUCCUAGGCCAGACACCGCCGAUGGUCCAUCCUUGACCACAGAGGCUCUCAGAACCACCACGCUUCCAUUAACCAUUGCUGGUAUAACCACCCCCACCAAGGCAGCUCCCACCACCAGCACGCCUGCAACCACCAUGCCAACGACAGUGAGCACAACAGAGGCCAGCGUGUUGACUACUUUGGCAAGAUUGAUGCAAAAGCCAAGUACUGCAUCUGAGGCUGCACAGGCCAGAACUACCUCAAGGCCUGUGCCAAACAAACACAGGAACAGCAUCAGCUGGACUGAGGGUGACUCAACGCGGGAACUCAAACAAACUUCAGAAGAAUGCAAAGACACAUUGGCAACUGUUGCUGAUCCAGUUACUCACAACACAUAUGGCCGUAACGAGGGGGCCUGGAUGAAGGAUCCCAAAGCUCAAGACGACAAGAUCUACGUCACAAACUAUUACUAUGGAAACAUCCUUCUGGAGUUUCGGAACAUGGAGAUCUUUAAAAAAGGACGCAUCACCAAUUCUUACAAAUUGCCCUACCACUGGAUUGGCACUGGUCACGUAGUGUUCAAUGGAGCAUUUUUCUAUAACCGGGCCUUUUCCCGAGACAUAAUCAAGUUUGACCUGCGACGGAGGUACGUGGCUACGUGGACAGUACUUCACAAUGCUGUUUUUGAGUCGUCUGCACCCUGGAAGUGGAGGGGCCACUCUGACAUCGAUUUCGCAGUAGACGAGAGCGGAUUGUGGGUGGUCUACCCGGCAAUUGAUGAGGAAAGCUUCCACCAGGAAGUGAUCAUGCUGAGCAAGCUGAAUCCCGUUGACCUGAGUAUACAAAAGGAGAUGUCCUGGAGGACUGGGCUAAGGAAGGAUUUCUAUGGGAACUGCUUUAUUGUGUGUGGUGUUCUUUAUGCCAUUGAUAAAUGCAACCAGAUGAAUGCAAAUAUCUCGUAUGCUUUUGACACCCACACAAAUACUCAAAUGAUUCCUAGGCUUCCCUUCAUAAACAACUACACCUACACCACACAGAUUGACUACAAUCCCAAAGAGCAAGCUCUUUACGCAUGGGACAAUGGCCAUCAAGUUACAUACAAUGUCAUAUUUGCCUACUAAGUGGCCAUGUUGAAAACAGGGAUAUUGAUUUUUUUUUCUGUACAAAAAAGAGAAAAAGUAUGUUUAUGUGGAUUGUAGAUCAGUCUGCAUUGGCAUUUUACCGAUUUUACAGUGUUCUCCUGUGUAUUUAUUUCUGGUUUUCAGUGAACUCUUAAAUACUUGCUCACCCUUGCUUUCUGAAGGGAUGACUGGCAAAUUUAAUCGGCUGUUGAAGCAUGACAAGGCUUUGCAAUUUUAUGCUUGUGAUGCAAAUAUAGUAAAUACUGUAUAUAUUGUACUAUAAUAUAAAAUAAUAUAGAUGUAUUAACAUUAUGUAGAAAUACCAAAUAGUUUAUCUGAGGGUGACAUAAGGUAGGAAAACUUUAAAACAUUAACAAAUAAACAUAUUUUAGUUUUCUUCUACAGCUUAUUUUUAUGUGUAUGCCAAGAACCACUAUUGAAACUGAUUAAGCUACAGCAUAAUCAACAGAGAAAAUCAAGACACAUUGUGUUGCACAAGGUGCAUUACUUGUAUCCAUAACAUGGUAACACUGUAAUUGAUGGGGCACAGAUACUUAGUAAUAACUCAGUUACUACUGAAGUACAAAUCACAAAAAUAUAGACACUACUUGAGAUAAAUGAUCGCAAUUCAUUAAUGAUGAACAAAUGUGAGAUCAGUAUUUAUUUCACUUGUA